UGAAAAAAAAUUUACCGCAAGGAUGUGUUGUGAAAAGGAACUUAGUGAAGGUCAAAAAGGAGCUAUUAUCGCAACUAAAAAAUUAGGACACACAAAUACUAGGAUUUCUGCAGUCAUAAAUUGCUCUCGUUCCUCUGUUUAA